UCCUCCUUGACGUUGACAUUCACACGAUUGAAAGCACAAGGUGUCUCUGCCGCUCGGUGCUGUCUGUUGAAAAUGUUAGGAAUUCGCAGCGACGCGGUCCGGUGCGUCUCGGAAUGAAAGCAAGCGUCCCCUGAAGAGUUUGACCUGCCCAUUGAACGGAAGACUGUGUUGCGUGUAGUGAGCGGAGCGCAUCUGAACUUAGCCAGGCUGCUCUGGGAAGUGAGGAGGAGGCUGCUGGAGUCCCAUCAACAGCAACGCCGUUUCACUACUAAGUCAACAGUCCAUUCAACCCACAAAAUGGCACUGGAUAUCUACGACUCCCAGUACCUGCUCAUCCUGGUCCCAUUACUGGUUGUUGCCCUCCUCUUCCUCUUCUUCAUGCUCUUCACAAAGGAAACCUCCUACGAUGAGGUGCUGGCCCGGCAGAAACGUGACCUCACAUUACCGCCAUCCAAGCCAGAUGCUCGCAAGAAGAAUGAAAAGAAGAAGAGUAAGAAGAAGGAGAGUGCAAGUGUGGCAGGUGGAGGAGGUGGCGGAGGAGAGUCUGAAGAGGAUCAGGGGGACUUCGAGGCAGCUGAUGGUGCCCACAGAUCCACCCUGGAGUCGGUUGAGGAACCAGUGCCCAUGCCUGCAGCAGAUCCUGUUCCACCAGCACCUUCUACAUGUGUACCAGUUCCAGCAUCAACCGAGGCUUCUGCUAGUUUGAGGGAGAGAAAGAAAAAGGAGAAGAAAGCUGCAAAGGCUGCUGCUGCUGCCGCCGCCACUGCAGCAGCAGCCGUCACAGCUGCAGCAACAUCACCACCCGAAGAGACAGAAGUAAACAACUCCAAGCUGAUGGGACACAAACGAGAGCCACCUCAAGUUUACAGUAAACAGCCCAGGCCACCUUCUCCACAGGUUGAGGUCCAGGUUCAAGUUACCCAGGCAGCUGCUGUGAGUCAGAGCCCCCAACAGACUUCUAAGAAGAAGGAGAAAAAGAAGCAAAAGUUGGAGGCAGCGAAUGACCAGCAUCCAGCGCUAAUUAAAGUAGAGCAGGCAUCAGUUAAGCAGGAAGCUCCUCAUGUGGCUGAAUCCAAAGUUCUCUCCAAUGCAACUCCAAGUGCUCCCAGUGGAAAGAAGAGCAGCAAGAGACAGAAGAUCGACCCCGUUGAGGAGUCCCAUGUUCUGACAGACUCAGGAGCUUCUACCAACCACCAGACUGCACACAACAAUGAUGUACCAUCUAAAGGAAAGAAACAGAAGAAUGAGACGGACAAAGAGAACAAGGAGGUGAAGCUCAAGGAGCUGCUUUCAGGUCUGUCCUCGAUCACCCUGUCUGAAGCUGAGGCUGCCAGUUUGAUUGCUGUCCUCCAAGAGAAGAGCCCAAGUGCCGUCGAUGCCUGGCACAAAUCCGUUGCUAAAUCUGAUCCAGCUAUUCAGGAACAAGGGCGUCUCCUCACCACAUUUCAAGAGGAGGCAUCCAUUGCAAAGGAUAAAGUCAAACAACUCAGCCAGGAGCUCCAGGUUUCGAAGCAGAAGACGGGUCGGGUGGAAUCCAUACUGCGAGAGCAGUGUUCAGCACUGGAGAAAGAACUGAGCAGCAUGCAGGCCAAAGCACAAGGAAGCUACCAGGAGCUCCAGACCAUGCAAAUCAAGUUCCAGCAGGUGAGGGAGCAGCUGGAAGGCCAAAUAACCCGCCUACAGCAGGAAAAUGGCAUCCUGCGAGAUGCAGUCAGCACAGCCACCAACCAAAUGGAGAGCAAGAAUACAGCCGAGAUGAACAAACUGCGCUCUGAUUAUGCGGCGCUGAUGAUAGAGUUGGCGGACAACAAUGCCAAGCUGCAGCAGGAGGAGCACCAGAGGAAGUCACUGGAGGUCAGCUACAAGCAGAACGUGUCUCAGCUGGAGGCCCAACUACAAGAUGCUAAGCGACGCUGGGAGGAACUGCAAAACUUCCUCCAUAGUGUCAAUGCUGAGCGAGAAAAACUUCAAGCCUCAAAGCAAGAACUUCACAGUCAGCUGUUGACAGCGGAGAAUGAGAUGAAUAAUAAGAAUAAAGAGCUUCAGACCCUGCAUAGCAGCCUGACUGAAGCCAUGGUCUCUAAGGAGAGACUGGAGCAGAGACUGAUGGAGCUGCUGGAGGUGUCCCAGCACAGUAUCCCUGAUGAUUCCAUGCAGGCUCGCGCCCAGGAGCUCAUGAAUGAAAACAAAGGUCUUCAGGCCCAAAAGGAAACACUGCAAGCACAAAAUGAGAACCUGCAUGCCCAGAUCUCAACACAGGCCAGUCACGUCUCCCAUAUUGAGGAGCUACAAAAGCUACUGGCUGAUAAGGAGUUGCAGAGAAAGAGCCUGGAGGAUUCUUUGAAUGCUGAACGGAGCAGUGGAGCCAGUAGAGAAACUAACAUGCAGGCCUUGCACAAUGACAACAUCUCGCUGAAGGCAGAGAUUCAGAGUCUGCGGGCACAGAUUGCUGAUCAGACUGCCUCCCUGCUGGCUUUCGACCAGAUCCAAAGGAGUGUCCAGGAAAAAGAGGAGAACAUGAAAACUGUCGAGAGCCUACUGGAGAAGGGGCUCAUUGAAGUGGCCAACAAGGAAGAGGAACUAAAGACCGUGAGAGAGGAGAAUGAGGCACUGAAGCAAAAAUUGGUGGUACUUCAGGGAAAGCUGGCUGAUCAGAUAUCAUCAGAGUCAAUUGUGCAAGAACUACAUAGCAAGAUCCAGGAGAGGGAUUUGAAGGUGAAAUCAAUGGAGGACAGUCUGCAGGCAGCACAAGACAGCUACUCAGCCAAAGCACAGGCUGCUGAGGCUCUGGAGCAGCAGUUUGCUGCUCUGCAGGUAGCGAUGGAGCAGCUGAGACAAAAGGAGCCAUCAGAAGAACUCACCAGAUUGUAUACGCAGCUCCAAGUACUCCAAGCUCAGCUCGCUGUGAAAGACCACGAGAUCCAGCACUUACAGACUGAGAUGAGAGAGAAGUUGGAGCAGGCACAGCAACAGCAAGCUGUUAGUGCAGUACCAAGCCCAGAGCUCCUAACCGCGUUGACCGAGAAAGAGAAGCAAGUUACAGGACUGCAGAGUGAGCUAUGUGAGCUGAAGGAAACUCUGGAGCUUCACAGAAAGAAAAACAAUGAGCUCCGGGAGAAAAACUGGAGUGCAAUGGAAGCUCUGUCAGCCACCGAAUCCAUGCUUCAAGGAAAACUCAACAAAGCUUUGAAGGACAACCAAGCGACACUGGCGUUGUCCGAGGCUGAGUGUCGCAAUUUCCUGCACAGACUUUUGCCCCAUGUGCCUCUGCCCAACGAACAAAAUCAUCAGGAGUGGCUCUGCAGUUUUGAGAAAAAUGUCACAGCUGCACAAUCUACCAAUGUAUCAGAAUAUCCCGAGAAAAUGGCUGAGAAGCUGAAAGAAGCUGAGGAAGCCCAAAGGAUAUUACAAGUUGACUGUGAGACAUACAAGAAAGUUUUGGCAGAAACGGAGGGAAUCCUGCAGCGCCUCCAGAGCAGUGUGGAGCAAGAAGAGUCAAGAUGGAAGGUGAAGGUGGAGAUAUCGCAGGUGGAGCUGAGAGAGAUGAGCCAGAAAGUCACAACUCUGGAGCAGGAGAUUGAGAGACUAAGCGAAGGAGGGGAGUUGGAAAAUUUGCGAAGAGAAAAGCAGCACUUGGAAUCAGAGUUGGAGAGGGCAGAGCGUGAGAGCGCCACGUAUGUGACAGAGGUCCGAGAGCUCAAAGAUCUGUUGACUGAAUUGCAGACCAGACUUGAUGGCUCAUAUACAGAAGCCAUCAGGCAGAAUGAGGAGCUGAAUUUGCUGAAAACUCAGCUCACAGAGACCCUAUCCAAAUUGGAGGCAGAAGAGAAUGAGAGGCAGCAGGUUGCAGGUGAUCUCUACAAGGCCCAGCAGUCUUUGGACCUGAUCCAAGGGGAGCUUUCCAAAGUGACAGACAAUGCUGAUGGCCUGAUAGAGAACAGCAGUUUGUCCUCACAGAGAGAAGAGCUUGACAGAAAUGAAAAGAUGACGGCAGGACUUAACCAAACAGUCCAGGAACUGCAGCAGCUGCUACGAGGUGUCAGCCGACAACUCACCAAGGAUGCGGAGGCUGACAAAGAUGUGUUGAAGGUAUAGCACGCAAAAGACGGACAUGCAGCCAUCCGGACCGCACGACACAUACAUCACUACAUCCGCUGUCAAACAAGGGAACAGGCUGAGGUUUACUGUUAAUACCAAACACUCCACCGUCACUAAGACCCCACUCAACCACAUUCCUCUACAGCAGCAGCAUCACAGCUUAAUUUGUAUCAUAAUCUUGUUCCAUCAAGGAUUAUCUACUCAAUCUGUAUUGUUUAAAUUCAGUCUUUUUGAAUACUGAGUUGGUUACAUGUCACACACGUCAACAGGGCACUGGUAAGAGAAACCCCAACUAAAAUUUUUUUAUCACUUGUUUUCCUUAAAUUAAAAAAUACGUAUUGUUUUAAUGUACUGAGUUCUGUAUUUCAUGAUCUGUUUCCUUCCCCACCAGCUGUGUAUCAUUAGACUCUUAGAACACAUAAAUGCACCUUGAUGUGAGUCUUUACUCAUUUGGAGGUAGAUUGAGAAGUAUAUCAGUCACUGCAUAUGUGUUAUGGAGAGAUGCAGGAGACUAAAACGCUGAAAGAGAAGACAAGGUCAACAGUGUACAGGUUUUAAUUCUACUGUAAGGACUCGAGGAGAGAGUGUCCCAUAUUAGUAAUCAACACUUGCUAUAUUGUUGGCUGAGUUCAUUAACACUGAAGAGUUUGUUCUUUUUGUAACAAGUGAUGUUAAUAAAAGGGAUGCUUGAUAAAUC